GGCGUGUGGUUCAGUUGUGAGCAUGCAAACGUGCUGCAGGGAUUGCAGGUGUACCUCCUCGGGCUUGCGUACCCUUCUCUUGCUAAUAAUGUGGGUGUUCUUGAGAUCUUCUAAUGGCUCUAGCAUUUUUGUGAACCACGGGACCGAGUCUUCGCUAGAUUUUGGGAUUAGCAACUGACACGAGGGAGACUAUUUUUUUAUUUUUGCGGAUCAAAAAAGCCUCGAGAACCUUGCAAAUCUCUGCUUCUGGAACAAUCGAAGGUUCGAAGGUUUCAGCGGAGGUUUACCAGUCGAGAGCAUUCAACAGCAGUUCUAGUCCAACAACGUCCCCACCUUACACACAACAAUCACUGAGAGAAGGAAAGAGAAACAAAACCCUUGCACAGCAUCCACAAAACCAGAUGGGGAAGAACUACUACGAAGUGUUGGGGCUGCCCAAGGGCACCUCGGAUGCCGCGAAGAUCAAGAAGGCCUACCGGAAGCUCGCUCUCCAGUUUCAUCCAGACAAGCCAACCGGCGACACAGCCAAGUUCCAAGAAAUCAGCGAGGCCUUCGAAGUGUUGAGCGACGACAAGAAGAAGAAGCUGUAUGACCAGUUCGGUGAGGCUGGCCUAGGUGCUGGCGUUGGCGGGGGAGGCGGAGGGUCUCCGGAGGAAAGCGGUAUGCCCUUCACGCGGUCGCGCGGAGCCUCGCCGUUCGGCGGCGGUGGGGGAGGGACUCACCAGACCUUUUCGUUCAGCACGGGCGGCGGCGGCGGCGGAGGGUUCCAAGGGAGCGACCCUUUCAGCAUUUUCGAGUCCAUGUUCGGGACCGGAGACAUCAACGAAGCCGUCGGCCGCGAGGGUUUCCCGAUGGGGGCGGGCUUGAACGGGAUACGAAUGGGCGGCAUGGGUGGCGGCUUCGGUGGAGGCAUGCCGGCGGUAGGCUCUCCUUCCUCGUCGAAGGCGGCUAGGCGCCAGGCCCCGCCGGUGGAACACUGCCUGAACCUGUCGCUGGAGGAGCUGUACCAGGGGUCCUCGAAGCGGAUGAGAAUCACCAAGAAGACCUCAACCGGGGAGGCCCAAGUCGACAAGACGAUUACCAUCAAGCCCGGCUGGAAGGAUGGGACGAAGAUCACCUACAAACAGGAGGGUGACGAGCAACCAGGCAUGCUCCCGGCCGAUAUUGUUUUCGUGAUCAAGACCAAGCCUCACCCCAGGUUCACGAGGAAGGAUCAUGACCUCUUCUGCACCGUCAUCAUCACGCUGGAGCAGGCGUUGACAGGCUUCACUAUCCCGAUCGACACCCUCGACGGUAGAAAGGUGAUGGUUACGGAGCCAGGCCUCUCGACGUCCUCCCAGGAGACCGUUGUUCGGGGAGAGGGGAUGCCGUCCCAGAAGGACCAACGAGUACGAGGGAACCUCACCGUCAGAUACAGGGUCGAGUUCCCACUACCGGCGAAGACAGAGGCCGAGAAAAGACGGCGCCGCCAAGCACUCGGGAGCAUGUGAAAAUGCUUUAUAGCAGCUAGUGGUGGUGGUAGAUACCACAUGCGUAUUUUGUUCUUCGAAUUCGCCAUGUACAUGUGAAAAUAGCCUUGUUUAUUGUGGGGGGUGGGGGGUAGGGCCUCGGCGGACGGGCGGCGGUCGCAUGUUCUUCACGAUGGAACAGAAUUCUCGUGGAGGAGAGUUGAUGCGGACUACACAUGGCUGUGGGUGUGUAGCAUGUGUGUCGCGCGCGUAGGUAGUGUGUUUGAGACAGCCGCAUGUUGUUUGUUGCUGCUGUUGUGCUAGUGAAAAAACUGCCUAAAGGAUCCUGCGGGACUCGUGGCGUAGGAGGAGCUGCGUCGUGUUGGACGUCAUGGACAUGUAUAUAUUGAUGGAGCUGUGUCAUGCCAUUGACGUGACGUGUUGAUCGUCGAGCGCCUUUCGUGAGGACUCGGAUGUUUCAACAAGAGUUGUCUGUCGGUUCAUAUUACGAUUACAAUAUUGAUAAUGAGAGUAACGUCUGCAAUGCAUGUGAGCACCCAGCAGCACACCGGGGUCUGUCCACCUAUCUACCAACCGGCAGUGAAAUGCCUAGGUGCG